AUGACUCCCGACAGCGAGGCCAGCCAGGGAUCUCCAGAGCGACCAGUGUCCAUGACGCCCCCUCAGGCGCAGUCUUCUCAGGACAAGCUGACGACCAGGCGCCGGGCCAUUCCUUGCGAAGCAUGCCUCAAGCGCGAACUGCAGCAUCUAGAAGACCCGUAUUACGGGAUGAUCUAUAAGGGCCAGCCGAGUAACCAAUACAGCUUGAGCAGAUGCUACGCAGCAAUAGAACCUAACAAGAGUCUAGAAAAGAAUACCAAGGCUUGUACCCAGUAUACUGGCAGCAGCAAAAAGGCCAAAUACACUUUUCAGAGGAUAAUUAUGUCGUGA